AUGGACCGCCUUCAACCAAAGACAUACGGCGCAUCGACCGUGCGAUCCUUUUCCGCUGGCUCGUACGGCUCCUCAAAUGGCUCGGCAUCCUCCUCGGUCUCAAUGCAAAAUACUGAACACACGCCAACCACCAGUCCGUCGCUCUCGGAUCAAGGCACUCCAUCCUCGCACGACGUAGCUUGGACUACAUUGCCACGCGCUCAUCAGCUGCGCUCACCUGACCCUGCGAACGGUUCGUCCUCAGGUCUUUCUCCGCUAGAGCUCCUGGUCAAACGCGGAAAGCAGGUGCAGCAUGAUCUCGUCGGUCCCGACGACAACGGCGCACAUCCAACAUCAAGCGAUCGUAUCUACGAACGAGCAACAGCCCUUUCGCGGAAGAUUUCGGUGCGCAGGCCUCCCAUUCAACCCUCGCCCGAUCCGAAUGAUUUUGACGAUGCUCAAAGCAUCCGCAGCGUCAAUCUUCUCUCCGAUGCCGGCUCCAGCUUUCAACGCGGCGGACGUGCGUCUGCACCAUCUUCGAAUGCGCCAUCGCCGAAUCCCAGCUCUUUCUCCGUUCAGCGAGGCUACAAGGCAUCCUACGAUGACACAACCGACACUUAUUCGCCUACACAGCCAGAUGCAGGCUGGCAGCGGCAGUCUUCGCAUCUGCUCAGCAACGCUUUCCGCGGCUCAAUUGCCUCGGACAUCUCCUUUAACUCGAUCUCUGGCGACGAGCCAGAGUCGUCCCUGUCGCGAAGAGCUUCCAUAGAUACCGUGCGCAGCUCAGAAUUUGGCGAGCACGGGAGGUGGGGUCGAGCUUGGACAUCCCGCGCCGAUGACGAGGAGAGCGCGUACUCAGAGAGCGCUUAUGGCGACCAUGAGGAUGACAUCGAGGACCAGGAGCAGAUGGCAACCGUGAAUGGCAGCAUAGACGUUGAGCCGAGUCGCGGACCGCUGUCUACCAUCAGCGGACUCGACACCCUAGCCAAGCAGUGGAAACUCGAUCAAGCUACCCGUCACGGUCGAGCAGCGCCAAAGUCUUUUGACAGAAACAUCAGCUCGACAUCGUCAGCCGAUCCCUCACAAACAGUCGUCCGCCAUAUGGCUAGCAAGGAAAAGAUCGCCAACCUCACCAGGUCCAUCCCACCUCCAUCCACAGUAUCCGGGUCAAAUCACCUCACUCCCUCAGAGAUCCAAGCGGAUUAUAGGCACAGCUUCGUUCCGCAAAUAGAGACGCAAGACUACGACCAACAGGCGCAGUUUUAUGGACGAACUCCCUUGGCAUCGGCCGAUCGCUACCUUGGCCAUCGCUCCACCGCGUCGACCGACACCAUCACGGGAAAUUCUUCAAGAGGGCACAAUGAGAGCCCGCCGACUGCCCGCGUCUAUGUCUACCCACCCAGCCCGUCAGGCUCGGAAGCGUCGAGGGCGAGCGGGCGGUCGGGCCUGCAAGAGUCAUUACCGCCAAGGUCUGGCCAGCAACGCUACGCCACGAUGCCUUCUCCCUCUUCGGCCUAUGUUGAGACCAUGGCUAACUCGCCCGAGCUAAGCGGCACAGCAGAAAGCAAGCGCACUCCUUUGGCUCCUUCUAACCUGCUCAGCAAUCCUCGCAGAGCUUCGGCAGGAACCGCAUCAUUACACAAGAAUCGACCGUCGGGCCAUCCGACCGGACGCGCUCCACCACCGCCACCACCACCGACAGCACCAGGCGGCGAGAACUCAAGCCCGCUUGGCUACUCGGAUCCCAACCAGUUCUUUCAGGGUGUGGAUCGCCCCAUCUUCGGCCGCAAACGCGCGGAGGCUAUCGCCAGAGCUGAUGGCAGGGAGAGCAUGGUAUCCGAUCUUGACGUCGAGACACUGCGCCUGGACGGCAGCAGUCGACGCGAUAGCUCAAGCACAAUUGCCAGUGUCAUGACCUCGCGCAUGUCGAUCGGCAGUGUCUAUCACGAUGCCGUCACCCGUCAAUCCGAAGCAGUGCAGGAUCGUUCUCCCAACAUGCAGCAGCAGAGCGCUGCUUCACCGAGGGACAAUGGCCAGGCUUUCAGCCACCCGAAUGCAUCGCAGAGCUCAUUCCGUUCUUUGCAAGCACAGCAGAGUGUGGCGUACUCAUCCCCAAGUGUUGCGGCGCUCGGAUCAGGCACCGGGAGACCACCGAUGCUGCGCAGCGCCCAAUCCACCAAUGCGCUCCCCAGAGGUGCACCUGCUCCCGGCUCGGUCGACAUGCAGCCGACAUCGUCUGCGCCAUCCUUUGCCCAGGGUGUCCUGAGCCCGAACCCUGCCUCGACCAAACCCCGAACUUCACCCGCCGUCGACACACGUACCGGACCGACCUCAGCGGAAGACUUCCUCUCGCAAGGCAUUACGUACCACGAGCAGGGCGACCUAGCUCGCUCGGCCUUCUACUUUGAGCGCUCUGCCAAGGUGGACGGCGGCUGCGUGGUCGGCAUGUGCAUGUUCGGCAUGGCGCUCCGCGAAGGAUGGGGCGCACGCAAGGACCCCGUCAAAGGCUUCACCUGGAUCCAGCGCGCCGCAGCCCGCGCCGGCGAGAUGAUGUCCAACACCACCUCCCCCAAGACCGACUCCGAACUCAAAGCGAUCAAGAGCGAGCUCAAGCUGAGCGUCUACGAACUCGGUAAAUGCUUCUGCUACGGAUGGGGUGUUAAGAUGGACAAGCACAUGGCGUUGGAGUACUUUGAGCUGGCGGCCAAGCUGGGCGAUGCGGAUGCCCAGGCCGAGGCAGGGGCACUCUAUGCAGCGGGAAAGGGGUGCAAGAAGGAUCUCAAGAAGGCAGCUAUGUACUACAGGAUGGCCGAGGAGGGCGGGUAUGAUACCGUCGGGCUGAGCUGGAUUCACAAGGACAAGUAUAAGUAG